GCCAUAAUCAUCUCUCGAUAGUUGUGCUAAUGACAUCCAGUUACACCUUCCGUCCAUCUCGGUCUUUUGAUGGAUGGUUAUGAUUACGCCUCACAGGCCUGUCGCAAUGUACGUUGCGCAUUUAGCACGGGAAAGCUCGGAAUCCCGAAUCUGACGCAUACUGCAGCUGCGCACCCCUUCACUCGGAUAUACUCGAGGGCUAAUCCCUGAAUGAAAUGUGCGGUAUUGCCGUUGUUAUCGCACCUUCCGGCCAGUCACAGCCAACGAACUCAGGAAUUGAACAUUUCCAAUCGCUGGUUGGCUGCGACUGCGGCACGCUAUUACGUCGUGGUCCAGAUUCAUGGUUUCAGACAUCAAUAACUCCCUUUGGUCUCAGUUCGUCUCCAGUUCAGCUUCUUUUGCUUGGAAGCGUGCUCUCACAGCGCGGUAAUUCAACCACGUUGCAACCCCUGCAUUCUGAGUCCACACGCAACGGUUCCACUUAUGCCCUUCUAUGGAAUGGCGAAAUUUAUGCUCACACAGAAGAACAUACCAAUUCACUGUUUAUCAAUCCAUGCAACAAUGAUGGUGAGGUGCUCCUAUCGUUACUCGCUCAGACAGCAGAUCAAGCGCAUGUUCUUAGCCAGUUCAGUUCCUUGUUUGGACCGUUCGCAUUUAUACUGCUUGAGCUUCCAACUGGCACAGUUUACUUCGGACGCGAUCGAUAUGGUCGUCGUUCGCUCGUUGGACGAUGUGGGCACAAUACGUUGGGCGAUCAAAGCCUUACGUUGGACGCCAUCUCCAGCGUAGUGCUCCGAUCUGUUCAAUCAGGAGAGGAUGACUCAAAAUACGUGCAUCAAAUGUGGGUCGAGCUCCCGGCUUCCGGCGUCUUUUCAGGGCACCUUCGACUUGUCGACCAGGGCUGGUGUAUUGCUGACAUUACUCUACACCCAUGGUCCCCGGAGCACUCUGCGACAUUUCCCUCUUUUGGAUUAAGCGUCGCGCGAAUUGCAUCCCCCUUGGCUCCGUUGGUCGACAACUGGCUGGAACGAAACGUUCACCCUUCACAAGAUAUCAGCCAGACAUUACUUGAUCUUCUCUCAUCGGCUGUGAAAGAUCGUGUCUGCCUUGCGUCAUCUUCCUGUUCCGAUUGCUUUCGUGAGAUUCUCCAGCCUCCCUAUCAGACCCAACAUGCUUGCACGCACUCCAGAUUCGCCGUGUUAUUUUCCGGAGGCAUUGACUCUACGAUACUUGCAGUUCUAUGUCACCGCCACGUUCCUAGAGACCAGCCAAUCGAUUUGAUCAAUGUCGCAUUCGAACAGUCUGGUAGUCACAAACUGGGAUCGCAAGGGAAACCCGUACUUCAACCUGCUUCAAAGGCCCCAGACCGUCGGACGGCAUGGCAAAGUUUUCACGAACUGUGUCGUGUUGCUCCCACUCGACGUUGGAAAUUGGUUUUGGCCGAUGUGUCGUCGGCGGAGCUCCAUUCUGUUCGCACCAACUACAUCAAAGAGCUCCUUCUUCCGGGUCGUCUGACCGUUCUAGAUGAUAGCUUAGGUUUGGCUAUGUGGUUCGCUGCUCGAGGGCGUGGUCGUUGUUGCGAGGCUCCUAAAUCAGAUCUCGAAGUCACCGAGAAUUUGUAUACGUCUCCUGCGAAGACUGUUUUCGUGGGUACUGGUGUGGAUGAACAACUUGCCGGCUACACACGUCAUCGGGCAAUUUAUACGCACCGGUGCAUGCGCGAAUUGUCCUGUCAAUCAGGGUUCCAGUCAUGCUGA